AUGUUUGCUGCAACUAUUUCAGUUCUAAGAAGUGUAGCAACUGAUCGCUCAGCUACAAGGAAUUCAAGAGGAGACGCUGCAGGUGCCCUGAAGAUAUUAAACACAUUUGAUUUUGUCUUCAUUCUGCACCUAAUGGAAAGAAUUAUGAAAAUCACGGAUAUCUUGUGUGUUAAACUUCAAAAUAAAAGUUUGGAUAUUGCUAAUGCACUGGAUUGUGUUUCUAACACAAAGUCGUUGCUUGCUGAACUGAGACAAGAUGGAUGGGAAAGUCUUUUUGAAGAUGUCAAAUCAUUUUGUGUGAAACAUGAGAUUGAUAUCCCGGACAUGGAUCAAAGGUAUGUUGAUGUAACAAAAUCAAGAAAUAAGCAUGACAACACCACCGUUAUCCAUCAUUACAAAGUAGAUGUGUUUAAUGUUGCAAUAGAUCAACAAGUGAUAGAGUUGAAUGAUCGAUUCAGUUCUCAAGUUACGGAGCUUCUAGAUCUUUGUUCAUCAUUGGACCCUAGACAUGAUGCCUUCGACAAGUCAAAGAUAUGCACUCUAGUGGAAAAAUUCUAUCCUGCUGAUUUUACUAGUCAAGAAAGAGAUCGGUUGGAGUGUGAAUUACCACAUUUUCAGCUUGAUACAUUGAACCAUCCAGAGAUCAAAAAUUGCAAAUCACUUGCUGAUAUGACAAAAGGGAUAAUUAAAACUGGCAAGUCUUCUGAUUAUCCUAUGGUUGAGAGGUUGUUACGAUUAGUAAUAACUCUUCCGGUGUCAACUGCAACAGCAGAGCGAGCCUUUUCCGCAAUGAAACUUGUCAAGACACGUCUUCGAAGUAAAUUGGGAGAUGAUUUUCUUCGUCAUUGCACUAUAGUCUACAUUGAGAAGGAAAUAGCAGCCAAGUUUAGCUCCGACGAUAUUAUUGAGAUAUUUGAUACUGGUGCUCGUAAAUCCGACUUCAAAUUAAUAGAUAUGUAA